UUAGAGUGAUGGAUGUAGCUUUUCCGUUUUGAUCUUAGAUUUUGGUAUUAGGAAAUUUCAUAUCAAAGCUCUCUCUCUCUCUCUCUGGGUAGGUGGUGUCUGUGUGUGCGCUCUCACACAGAGCAACCCGAACCCAACUCCGAAACCCAUACCAAGUUACUCUCUCUCCUCUUCGAUUUCACCGCCGAUUUCUCUACGGCAUCUCCGGCUAUAUAUUCCAAUUCAUUCGCCUCCUCGCAUUUUCAUUCACUGUUACAAGCGUAUGCAUGUGAAUCAAUCGGAUUGAUAUAUACAUAGAUUAAAAGAAUGGGGAACAAGAAGAGAAAUCUUGCGGCGCGUCCUAAACAAUCGCCGGCGGCUUCACCGGCGGCGGUGACUAAGCAGGUUGUCGACGGAGCCGCCGGAACCGCUGAUGGUUUAAGUCCAGACGAACUGGAGCCUACCCUGAGUCCCGAUACCCCUAAUCCUGUUUCUGAGAGUAAGAUCGUAUCGCCGAAGUCCGUUGAAUCGGACGCUUCAUCUGAAGCUAAUGUCAGACUCGAGUGCGACCGAGCCCUCAUGGCGCUUAGGCGCGGGAACCAUACCAAAGCUCUAAGGUUGACGAAGGAACUAUGUCAGCGGUACGAAAAGUCGGCUCAUUUGGCGAUUGUUUACAGAGUUCAAAGUACUGUAUGUAGCAAGAUGGCCUCCGUUAUUGAAGACCAAAACGUCAAGUAUCGGCAUCUGAGGCGUGCAAUUGAAUCUGCUCGUAGAGCAGUUGAGUUGUCUCCAAACUCGAUUGAGUUCGGGCAUUUUUACGCCAACUUGAUGUUUGAAUCGGCCAAUGAAGCAAAGGAGUAUGAGGAGGUUGUGCGGGAAUGUGAGCGUUUGCUGGCAAUUGAAAACCCUGUCGAUCCUGCUAAGGAGAGCUCGCAGGAGGACAGCCAAGAAAAGCUAUCAACGCCAGAAGCUCGAAUUGGUAAUGUGCAGAAUGAGAUAAGACAGCUGAUACAAAAGUCUAAUAUUGCCUCUAUAUCGUCCUGGAUGAAGAAUUUGGGAAAUGGGGAUGAUAAAUUUCGGCUUAUUCCAAUAAGGAGAAUGACGGAGGACCCAAUGGAGGGGAGAUUGCCUCCAGCUAGGAGGCCCAAUGAGAUUAAGAAGGCCACCAAGACACAAGAAGAGCGGAGGAAGGAGAUUGAAGUUAGAGUUGCUGCGGCUAGGUUGUUGCAGCAGAAGUCAGAGGUGCCUCAGUUGGAAAUUGAUGGAGACAAGACUGAUAAGGGAUUGGAUUCACUUCCAGCAUCUGGUCAGAGAACUGGCGAUCGGCGGAAGUCAAGCAAUACAAGGAAAAGUCAAUCUUGUGCGGAAAACAGAGAUUUUGUCAGGUCAUUUUGGAAUACCACCAGUAUUGAUAAGAAGAGAGACUUACUUAAGGUUGGGAUCCUUGAUAUUAAAUCCCAUUUUGCUUGGUUGAAGGAUGGCUUGGCAAAUGAUGUUUUAUUAGAAGCCUUGUCUUUUACUGAGACUAAUAGUGGUAGGAAGUGGAGUGUCCGGGUUUGUUGCAGGUGUAAUGAGAGAUUUGCUGAUUCUGAUUCGCACUUACAUCACAUUACGAAGGAGCACGUGGCAAGUCUUUUGCCUAAAUUGAGGUCAAUGUUGCCUGAAGAGGUUAAUAAUGAAUGGAUUGAGAUGCUUCAUAAGUGUUCUUGGAAACCUGUGGAUGUGUCAGCUGCAGUUGAAAUGGUUCAAAAUCAAACAAAAUGUAAAGAUUCUGAAUUUGUCAAGGAUUGCACUUUGGGGAAAAAUAUGGGGGAUUCUUCAUCUGAGAAGGGAAAUCAAAAGGAUAGUCAUUGUAUUUCUGCUGCUGAGAGUGGUAUCCAUGAAAAAGUUACCAACAUAGAGUCUGGACAAUGUCCUGAGGCCAAUGGGUCUAUGGCGCACUCUUCUAUUGCUGAUAGCUGGCCUGUAUCUGAUGACUCUGAGCGUGCAAAACUUCUUGAAAGAAUAUCUGCUUUGUUUGAGGUGCUUGUCAGGAAUAAAUGUCUUGCAACAAGCCAUCUUAAAUGGGUGACACAAUUUGCGUUUGAUGAGUUGCAGAAAAUGAACAUAGGAUUCCAGCUUCUUAACAAUGGGGUGAUGCAAACACCUAUGUGCAUUUGCUUUUUGGGAGUCUCCGAGCUUCAGAAAAUGCUCAAUGUCUUACAGGAUUUAUCUCAUUCUUGUGGUUUAGGUAGAAAUUCUGAGAAAAGUAGUAUCAUGGAUGAGGCAAAUAUUGGUAGUAAAUGUCUAGAGAUUAAGGAGCUGCUUGUUCUCAGUGCAGAUGCAUCAUUUGUAGUUCUUGAUGAAUGUUUGUUAUCAGAUGAAUCCACUCAUGUUAGCAGUCAUCAUGAUGCCACAGGCAAGGCUUCGGCCGGAGCUUCUGCAGUGGUCAGCAAUGUGAAUGAUAGUGAUCUAAAUGAUACCAGUGCUUUUCUGUCCUGGAUUUAUGCAGGUCCAACUAGUGGAGAAGAAUUAGCAUCAUGGAUGCGUGUAAAAGAAGAAAAAGCAAGUGAAGGAAUGGAAAUACUCCAGAUGAUUGAGAAGGAAUUUUAUCAACUACAGAGCCUCUGUGAGCAAAAAUGUGAGCAUUUAAGCUAUGAAGAAGCAUUACAAGCAGUAGAAAAUCUAUGUGCUGAAGAAAAUAGGAAGAGGAAUGAUUCCAGAGACUAUGUCCAUCAAAGUUUCGAUUCUAUUUUGAAGCAGCGGAGAGAGGAGCUGGAGAGUGACAAUGAUGGAUUGACGCUCAGAAGCCGAUUUGAAUUAGAUGCUAUAUUAAACAUUAUAAAAGAAGUAGAAGCUCCGAAUGUCAAUGAAUUUGGCUAUGAGGAAACAUAUUCUGGUUUGACAUCUCAGUUAUGUGAUUUGGAAUCUGGUGAAGACUAUUUGCUCCGAGUGGAGAGUUGUAUAGAAGCUUCAAUCCGAAGACACAAAGAACAUAUACAAGUAGAGCUUAGCAAAACUGAUGCAAAGUUAAUGCGAAACGUUAAUAUCAUGGAGCAGUUGAAACUUAAGCUUGGCUCUAUUGCUGUCCAUGAUUAUCACUCAAUAUUAUUGCCUCUUGUGAAGUCGUACCUGAGGGCACAUUUGGAGAAAUUAGCUCAGAAGGAUGCCACAGAAAAAUCUGAUGCUGCAAGAGAAGCAUUUUUAGCAGAACUUGCUCUUGAUGACUCUAAGAAGGUUGUCAGGGGGGGAAAUGAUAAUUCGAGACACACUCAGGAGAAAACAAAGGAUAAGAAAAAGAACAAGGAAUCUAGGAAAGCCAAGCAUUCAAAGGUUACUGGUGUUUCAGAGCCACGGAUACAUGAUGAUGAGAUUGAUAACCCAGUUCCCUUACCGGUUGCAUGUGAGGUUGCAUAUGAUGCUGAUCAUCCAACUUCUGAGGUCAUUGUUUCUGUGGAUGGUGAUAGCUUAAAGCAGCAGGAAGAGGAACUCAGACGAAGAAUUGAACUUGAAGCAGAGGAAAGAAAGCUUGAAGAAACUUUGGAGUUCCAAAGACGAAUGGAGAAUGAAGCUAAACAGAGGCACCUUGCCGAGCAACAUAAAAAAGAAACAUAUCAUGAGAAAGUGGAAGAGGCAAUGCAUGAUGCAAGCUUGAAAUUUGAUUCUGUUGAUUUAGAUGCAAGUGAGCAAUCUAAACCUUCAAUGCAGGAGCACUUGGCAAGCAAGUCAGAGGAUGUCCUCACGCCUCACCAUUCUACAUCACCUACCGCUCUUUGUACUCAAAUGAGCAGAGAUAAUCAGGCCAAAGUUGGACAAGGAGGCCUUGCUAAUGAGGGAAUUACUGGGGAUGGUUUUUUGCCUUCUGAACGACGAAGAAGAGCAAGAAAACAAAAGAGUUCUGUCAAAGUUUCUGAUGGAAAGCAUCAAUUUUCGUCAUCCCCAAGGGAAAGUGCUGAAGUUGGGAGUUCACUUACUGAGGGUGGUUUAAAAGAAGUCCAUAGUAGCAGCAUUAUGUCUGCACCUGGAGACGAUGAAGCCAAGUCAUUAGGACACCUACAAGCAGAAGACGAUUUUGAAGAAAGGUUCCAUGCUGAUAUUGAAAAGGCUAUGCGCCAAAGCCUUGGUAAGUCUGCACCUGGAGACGAUGAAGCCAAGUCAUUAGGACACCUACAAGCAGAAGACGAUUUUGAAGAAAGGUUCCAUGCUGAUAUGAAAAAGGCUAAGCGCCAAAGCCUUGACAUAUUUGAAGCACGGAAAAAGCUUCCCUCCGUUUCUACUAGUUCAAAGAUGCUGCAAAUGACUUCUGGAGAAGUAGAUAGUGGGGGUGGUGUACCCAAUGAUGACCAAGUGGAUAAUGUGAUCGAAGAUAAUAAAGUUGGUGCAGGAUUGAAAAAUGAAGUUGGUGAAUAUAAUUGCUUUCUGAAUGUAAUUAUACAGUCAUUGUGGCACAUUAGACGGUUUCGAGAUGAAUUCCUGCAGAAGACAUCAGAGCAUGUUCAUAUAGGUGAUCCUUGUGUUGUUUGUGCUCUAUAUGAAAUUUUUUCUGCCUUGAAUGUUGCCUCCAUUGAUUCAUGGAAAGAAGCAGUCGCUCCUACUUCUUUGAGAAUAGCUUUGAGCAACCUAUUUCCAGAUAGUAAUUUCUUCCAAGAGGCUCAGAUGAAUGAUGCUUCUGAAGUAUUGGGAGUGAUAUUUGAUUGCCUUCACCGGUCAUUUACUCCUGCUUCAAGCAUUUCUGAUACUAAAUCAGUGGUAAAUAGCUGGGAGGGGUCUUGGGAUUGUGUGCGCAAUACUUGUAUUGUGCAUUCCAUUUUUGGAAUGAACAUUUCCGAAAGUAUGGAUUGCUACAAUUGUGGAGUGGGGUCGAAGUUUCUCAAGUACACCACUUUCUUUCACAAUAUAAAUGCCAGUGCGCUCCGGACAAUGAAGGUCAUGUGUGCUGAAAGCUCUUUCCAAGAGCUUUUAAAGUUUGUUGAGUUGAAUCAUCAGUCGCCAUGUGAUGCUGAGGCUGGAGGCUGUGGGAAGCUUAACUACAUCAACCACAUUCUCUCAUCUCCACCACAUGUUUUCACUGCGGUUCUUGGAUGGCAAAACACUUCUGAGAGUGUUGAUGAUAUUAGAGCAACAUUAUCGGCUCUUAACACUGACAUAGAUAUCAGUGCCAUUUAUCGCGGUAUAGGACUGAACAACAAAUAUAGCUUGGUUUCUGUGGUUUGUUAUUAUGGGCAACACUAUCGUUGCUAUGCAUACAGUCACGAACAUAAACAGUGGAUUAUGUAUGAUGAUAAAACUGUCAAGGUAAUUGGUAGCUGGGUUAAUGUUCUUGAUUCGUGUGAAAGAGGGCAUUGGCAACCUCAACUCCUUCUAUUUGAAGCUGGUACUAGAAAUUUUGCAGAACCCGUCGCAUGUGUAAGUGCAUCUGUUUGAAGUCCUUCAAGUCCCGACACUGAUUUCUUAGGUGCUAAUACUUGCAACUCGUUUCCAGUUUUAGGUUGAGAUGUUUCAGUAGAAAAUCUAGAGUGGUGUAAAGUUUCUGAUAAUGGGAUAAGGCCAAACAAAUUUGUUGGAGCAACUGAUCCCCAGGGAAUAAUCAUGUCUCAAAGAAGAGCCUUUUAAGCAUUUGACACAGUUCUAGCAGCACGGCAAGCAGCAGCUAAGCAUGCAUAAUAUGGGGGUGAGGGUUGCUUGAAUUUGAAUUAUCUUUUAUUUCUUGGACAUUUACAAUAAGAUGUUUCUUUUUACCCUUCUUUUUAUAGAGGGCUUAGUAGUAGAAGGUUGUGUGGCUUUGAAGAAACAUAUGUUAGCCACUUGCUUAAUGGCAGCAUUUUUUGCCGGUUACUGGUUGGUCUAAGCAUAUACAUCAUUUAGCUUGUAACAGCAGUAGGGGAAUAUAGUUUUUAGAUUGACAAAUAUUUGUUUAGCUGUUUUGAAUUCCCCGCAAAAUUUUGGAAGAGGUUUUGUACAGAUCACAGUAUCAUCCAUGGAUUGUUGAGUCUUCAACUGUAGGAUAUACAGUGACUUUUUUCUUCAA